AUGUCAUCAGAAAACGUUGUAUUCAUUAGUGGAGCUACAGGAUUCAUUGCUCAACACAUUGUCAAGCUUUUAUUAGAGGCCGGCUACAAAACCAUUGGGUCAGUCAGAUCUGAAGAAAAGGGUGAAAACUUGAAAUCUUUGCUCAAGUCUGCUGGACUCAAAUCAGACUUAUUCAGUUAUGUUAUUGUGAAAGAUAUUGGAGCAAAAGGUGCAUUUGACGAAGCAUUGAAAGCUCACCCAGAGGUCACUGUCUUUUUGCACACCGCUUCUCCCUUCACUUUUGAAGUCCAUGAUGCUGAAAGGGACUUAUUGAAGCCUGCUAUCGAGGGCACAACAAAUGCUUUAAAUGCUAUCAAGGAAUAUGGUAAAAAUGUUCAAAGAGUGGUUGUCACCUCGUCAUAUGCUGCUGUCGCCGGGUUUGCCGAUUUGGUUACUCCGGGCAAGGAGGUUAACGAGAGUUCUUGGAAUCCAAUCACCUACGACCAAUCAAAAGCAAAUCCUUUUGUUGGAUACAUUGGAUCAAAGAAGCACGCCGAAAAGACAGUUUGGAAGUUUGCGGAGGAAAACAAGCCAAAAUGGGAGAUCACCGUUGUUAAUCCCGUUUAUGUGCUUGGACCACAAGCUUUCGAGGUUAAAGACAAGUCUAAAUUGAACACCUCUAAUGAAAUCAUCAACAGCAUAUUGACUGCCGGUAAAAAGAAGGAGGAACCACAACAAUACGUUGGAUACUUUAUUGACGUUAGAGAUGUUGCAAAAGCUCAUAUCGUGGCAUUUGAGAAGAAGGAAGCAAUUGGUCAAAGAUUGCUCUUAGCUGAUGCUCCAUUCAACUCGGGGGAGAUUUACGAUAUAAUUGCUGAGGAUUUCCCAAAGUUGAAACCAGAGUUACCUGAAUUGGACAAGUCAAAGGGACCCAAGUUCGAAGAUAGUGAAAGUAUCAUCAACAACGAAAAGACAAGAAAGAUUUUGGGUUUCAAGUUUAUUGAUUUGAGAAAAUCAGUGGACGACACCAUUGCUCAAUUGCAAUAG